UGAGCAAAGCUGAGCCGGGUGGGGACUCGGCAGGGUGGGGGCAGGACCGCGAGCUUAACCCCGGAACGAAACCGAGCAGGGUAUUUUCCAAACGGUGCGGGGGCUUGAAACCGUGGAGGAGCAGAAAGAGCGUAGGGGAGAGCUCCGAGACUCCAACAGCACCAGAGCUGAGCUCAUUCGAGACCCAUCCGCUGGCGCAAGGUUGAAAUCGGGCCCAAGAGCUCAAGGAAGGUGGUGAUUCUGGGCAAGAUGGAGAUGUUCAGAUCUGUGCUGUCAACUAUGUCCCCACAGGGAGGCAGGGAAACCCCCUACACCACGUUCAGGAGGGGAAAUGCGGUAUCCGAGGACCCAAGCGGAGAGGUGAAGAUGGAGGAGGUGGAGGUGGCGGAGCCUCAAGUCACCAGCGAAAUGGUGGGCCUGAUAGUGCAGAAAACCGCAGAUCGGAGGAAAGCUUUGAUCUAUUUGGUGCUGGUGUUGCUGUUCUUCCUGAUCAUUGCCUUCAUCCUUGGAUAUGUCAGUUCUCAGACCAGCUGCAAAGCAUGCAUAGAGGCUGAUGCGGCUAGUACAGCCGCUAUGAGCGGGGACGAGUGCAGUUAUUGGCAGAACACCGACACGGGCUCAGAGAGUGUCCUGCACUGGGGUGACCUCAAAGCCAUGCUCAAAGAAUACAUUAAUGGGCAGGAGAUCGCCAAGAAUACCAGGUUAAUGAGCAAGGCUCCCCAUCCAGUCGGGUCCGCAGAACUCAACGAACUGACCAGUAUGGUCCGCAAAACCUUCCAGAGCUACAAUCUCGGACAUGUCUGGGCAGAUUCACACUACGUCACACUGCCAUUCCAAAACAGAUCUUCUCCCAGUUACCUGUGGGUGACAAAUGCGGAUGGGACAAUGGUUCAGAACAUACAGCUUGACAAUGAUGUGUAUCUGGCUUACAGUCCGAAUGGAAUCGUCUCGGGAGGUUUAGUCUACGGUUACUACGGAAGAGGCGAGGAUUUCGAGAUACUGAGCCAGAUGGGGAUCAGUGUCCAAAGUAACAUCGUCAUUCUCCGCGUUGGGAAAAACAGCUUCGCUGAGAAGGUUGCCUUGGCUGAGCGAUAUGGAGCAAUUGGAGUUCUGAUCUACCCUGACCCAGCUGACAUUCCACAGUACCCCAGGGGUCUUGGGCUGCAGAGCAGCACAGCCAUCUCCGGCCAUGUACAUCUGGGCACCGGUGAUCCAUUCACUCCUGGAUUCCCAUCCUUCAACCACACACAGUUCCCCCCGAUCAACGCCUCCGCUCUACCGGGGAUUGUGGCGCAGCCCAUCAGCGCCAGCGCUGCCAUGAGCCUCAUGAGUAAGCUGAGUGGACCAGUGGCACCACUGGAAUGGAAGGGUAACCUUCCCUCCGUCAAGUACAACCUAGGCCCCGAGUUCCAGCAGCCAGGGAAUAAGCUGCAACUGGGUGUCAACACCCACAUGGUCUCCAAGGUGAUCAACAACGUAUUUGGGUCCAUCGAGGGCUUCACCGAACCGGAUCGAUACGUCAUCUUUGGAGCACAGCGAGAUUCAUGGAGUAUGGGCGCUGCCAAGUCGGGCGUGGGGACAGCCAUUCUUUUGGAGCUAGCCAACGCGUUUUCCAAAAUGGUGGAAAACGGGUUCCAGCCGCGACGGAGCCUGCUCUUCGCCAGCUGGGACGCCGGCGAGUUCGGGAGCGUCGGCGCCACCGAGUGGCUGGAGGGUUACCUGACUAUGAUGCACCUCAAGGCAGUGGCCUAUUUCAGUCUCGAUAAAGCCGUCCUGGGGGAUGACAUUCUGCACACGGAGUCCAGUCCGCUUCUCCACAACCUCUUUGAGAUGGUGAUCAAGCAGGUCGACAGCCCCAAGUGGAAUGGCCAGAGCAUCUACAGUCACAUCCUGAGCCGGGACCCGCAAUCCAUCAACAAUUUCUUAAAGCCGCUCACUAUGGACAGUAGCGCCUACCCUUUCACGGCUUUUGCUGGAGUUCCAGCCAUGGAGCUCAGCUUCCGCGAGCUCGACCAGGACUGCCGCUUCCUCAACACCAAGCAGGACACCUACAGCGCGCUGAACAGCCGGCUGAACGGCAGGUUGGCAGAUGUCAGCCAGGCAGUGGCAGAGAUCAUGGGUCAGAUGGGCAUAGCACUGACCCACAACGACAGGCUGCACCUGAACUACCGAGUGUACAGUGAUGUAACUCUCAACUAUCUCAACCAGCUACAGACAUUCUCACAGGAGCUCGAGAGCCGGGGCCUGACUCUCCAAUGGUUGUAUUCUGCCCGAGGAGACUUCAUCAGAGCAGCAGAGAGACUGACCAACCUCAUCAGCUCGUCGGAUGAGGAGAACGAGAGGCUUAAUCGUAUCUACAACGAUAAGAUAAUGAGGGUGGAGUUCUACUUCCUGUCUCAGUACGUCUCAGUGACUGACGCCCCUUUCCGGCACAUUCUACACGGGCGGGGCGACCACACGCUGGAGGCGCUUUACAAACACUUCCAGCUGCUGCAGCUGGACCCGGCCAAGUUCAAUGAGAAGAGGUUCCGCAAACAGCUGGCCCUGGUGACCUGGACCCUGCAGGGAGCGGCCAACGCCCUGAGCGGAGACGUCUGGAGCAUCGACAAUAACUUCUAACGGCCAACGUCCAAUCAGGGUCCUUGUCACUGCGACGUGAGCAGGAUUGUCUCGAUUAUCACCUGCCCUUCUUGUGGGGUCGGGGGGUCGCUCCCAAAGCCCAAGUGGGACAAAGAUGGGUGGGUGGGGAGGGGGUG